AUGGUGAAGCUUCACCGUCCGCGUGAGCGGCCACCGAGUGUGCUUGUGUUGGACAUCAUGGAGCUCAUCAAGCCCUUCAUGAUUGACGCCUCUAAGAUUGUGCAUCGAUUCUUUCAGAGCGUCAUCGACGCAACGGAGUCCCCGCUCCAGUGGUCCAUGGAGGAUGCCCUCAGAACAACUUGGAAGGCCCAGCUAGCUUGCCGUAGUCUGAAGCGUGUCACUGGCAACAUACAAAGGAAUUUCUUCGCUGCGUACCAGGAGCUCUCUGCAGAGGAAAAGCAUGAGUUGAACCCCUAUUCGAGCUCUUCCAGGAUGGUGUCACCGCGGCAGGAAUAUGAGUUCAGCUCGGUGAAAUCCUUCGAUGAUGACACAUUUCAGCGUCUUUGCACGCUGAGUUUUUACUUGUCUGCGAAGCCGCUGCUGUCUCACGAGGAUGUGGCGGCUUUCAAUGUGAUUGUGACCGUCUUUGAUUUGAUCCUACGAAUCAUGGGGAGGAUACUGCCGCACGUGAUUGCUAUCCACGAGUUUGAAAAAUCUCGUGUUGCAUAG